AAAGGUAACGAUAAUCCGUUAAUCUGCUAUACGCGUUUCAUUUCUUCAAUUAAUUAUUUUUUCCAUUUUUUCUAUUAAAUAAAAGUAAAAUAGAAUAGAAAAAGCAAUUGAAUAACAAUGGAAGAGCUUGAAGAGUCGAGAACAGUGAUUGUAAGCGGCUACAGAGAAAAUGAGGCAACAUUGCAGACCCUAAUAAUGCAGAGUUUCCGGAAAGAUGGAUUCAUCACACAAGUAAUCCUCCAGGAUGGCUAUGCUUUGGUAACAUUUGAAAACGCCCAGAGAGCCCGUGAAGCCUUGCAAAGGCCCCAUUUUUUCAAUACAUUCUAUGGAAAGACGGAACUUGUCCUCAAGCUGAUGGAAGACACCAAUCCGGAAGAUUUGCUCAAACUAUCUCACAGCGAUAAAGAUGAGGUGGAGUUGAUCUCAAAGCUCAAUGAUGACUGUCUUGAAUAUAUUUUCACUUUCUUGAAUCUACGGGAGUUGAGUUGUGUUCAGAUGGUGUGCAAGAGAUUUGACUCUGUGGCCAGGAUCAUCUACAGAGCACGGCGUAUAUUGGAUUUUGACACACUCGCUCAUGAUGGGACAAUCAAUUUCAAGGAUGCAAAGAGAAUUGCUCAAGGAGCUGGUCCGUACGUGCAUACAUUGAUAGCCUCAAAGAAUUCCUUCUUUGCCACGGAUAGGCGUCUGCUCAAGGUAAUUCUCAAGCCGUGCAAGAAGUUGGAGAAUUUGCACCUUAUGGAUUUCGAUGUGAGAGCGAAAAAGACUUCUGGGGAAUUAUCAAGAAUUAUGCAACCUGUGAAGGUGGCAAGACUUGUGAGAUGCAAAUUGACUGAGAAAGUUGCUGAGAAAAUCCUGAAAAAUGCUAACUCGCUCGAGAAACUCGACUUAUCCAAAAACGGCAGGCUUUAUGGAUAUUUUGUAAAGUAUUUGCGUGGAAUGAAAGAGCUUAACGUCAGCAAUUGCAAGAUGAUUUCAAGGACUGAUUUCAUCAAUUUCUGCAAAAUGAAUCCGGAUUUGCGCUCUCUCAACAUUAUCAAAUGCAUUGGAAUUAACCAGGAUUGUCUACGUGCUAUUGCAACGAAUUUAAGGAGUUUGGAGACAUUGGCUAUACAGUACCGAGCGCUCUCCCCAAGUGAUUUUAUAAUCCUUGCUGAUUUGCCCAAACUAAUUCGCGUGGAAAUUAGAAGUUGGUAUAACAGUGAUAACGAUACUUUCCUACGUAGACUGGCCACCCUCAAUCGUUUGGAGUAUCUCGAUACAUCCAUUGAGUAUAUAACACAAAACCUGAUUACAAUGCUUGCCAGUUUUCAUAAUCUUCGUGUACUGAAGCUAAGAUGUGAUUUCCUUUUUGAACCCUUCGAAUUAAAUGGGCAGGGAUUUUUAACACAAAUCCUCCCUAAAGGCAAACUGGAAGAACUCCAUGUAAUUAACAAUAUUAAAAUUACAAACAAUGAUGUUGCGGCGUUUAUUGAACGGUGCCCAACACUACGUCUCGUCGAUCUCACCAAAUGUUCAAGAAUCAGUUUGGAUCUCAUUAAGCUCAUCAUUCCAAACCUUUCCCGGAGGACAGGGAUUUUGGAACUAAUUGUGGGUCAGACGAUGCUUGCAAAAGAAAUUGCAGGACGUGAAAUUGAAUUUCCUGAGCUAAAUGGAAAGAUUAAGCUGGAUCUUACAGUAAAAUCAAUGGACAAGAUAGACCUGUACAGUGGGUACGAGAGUGAUGAUAGUUUCUCACAAUAUGAUAAUUGAAAACUAGGAGAGAGAGUAAUUAUGCUGUUGAAGAAUAAUAAUAUACAUAUAAUGAAUUUUCUGCACUAUCUGGACUCGAACCCGCUUCAGUCCGGGUAUUUGGAGUAAUCAACUCAGCGGAGCUUUAUCCAACUGACCAACCGAUUUCCUAUUGAUGAAGAAGUGAUAAAAGAAUAUGAAGUACCUACCUACAUUAUUUAAUAAUUUAGAAACAAUAAAAUAAAUAUAAUUAAAAAAGAAUCUUGAAAUAAAAAGAAA